AUGUCUAAAAAGAAAAACGCUGGAGAAUAUAAAGCAAAUACAGUAAAACAAGCUGUUGAUGCUAUUAACCACCACUUGGUAAAAUUUUCACCAAUCUGUGGAAUCAAUUUACAUGACAAAUACAAGUUUCCAGAUUUAUGGACUGUAUUACAUGGUAAAAUGAAAGAUUUGCAAGAAAAAGGAUUUGGCGAAAAAGAGGGAUCAAUGGCAUUAACAGCACAACAACAUUAUCAUAGCAAAAACAAACAACGUGGAAUUGAAGGAGGUGUUUCACAAGAUAUUCACCUUCCUCCAAAUUAA